CUUGCGACCGUUGCUGGCAGUUCCUCCUCGGAUCUGCUUCCCCCCAUCGCCCUCCGCAUUCCCCGCCGAUUAGGUCGAUCGGCCAUCGACCACUUCCACCACCUCCGCCCGCGUCAGCGCUUGCUGCUCCCUCCCCGCUUCUCAUCGCAUCUGAUCCAUCCGCUUCGCCAUCGUCACCCCCCCAUCGCCCCACUCUCAGUCUUCCUCGCACGAUCCCCCUCACGCCAUGUCGAACCUGCAGCACUUCCUUCGCCAGGUGGCGGGUCUGAAGCUGAAGGAGGUUCCGAGCUUCGUUAAGAGCGUCGCGACAUACGACAACGUGAUGAACGAGUCGACGCGGUUCCUUAAGGAGUAUCACCGCAAGUAUAUCAUCACCAGCAGCCCCAAGCCGCUGUUCCAGGUCAUGUCUGGCGUCGGCGUGCUGAGCUACGCUAUCGGGUGGCCGGCGGAGCUCCGCCACAUGCGCCACGCGGAGGCGGAGAAGGAGGGAGGCGGACACCACUGAGCGCGGCGCAGCGGGUCCGUGCGAUUUCCAGCGGAAAUAGGUAUUCACACAUUUGCUCUGACAUCCUUAUAUCGAGAGUGGCUGUUCAUGACCUCUGUGCUACAGCAUCUGAGAUUGCAACAGCGUUUAGGCAGGAGCUUAUUCAAGUGGAAGCAGAUUAUUUUGUGUGUCGCUUGCCCUUGUUUGUGGUUGUGUACCAAGGUUGGAACACAAAUGUGCUUAUUGUGGAAGUGGCCAAUGUUCUCUGCUUGCAAAAUGUCAAGGGAGCAGCCUGUGCUAGACUGGCAAAGUAUAGCAGUGUUCUCCAUGGCAGUAUGUCGAUCCCCACCAGGCAGAUGCUUCUCUGUGUCUUUCUACUGGCCAGAA